AGACCAUUAUAGUAAUAUGCUACUAGCUAGACUGAGUUGACUGCCACUUGCAACGUCUUUUCCUUCUAUAUACGUGCAGCGCCUUGCUUGCCUUCGUAUCUUCCUCUUCCUCUCCAUAUCUGUUACAGCACAGCAAGAUGUGUACACUGCUUGUCACAGCCUUCCUACUUUCUCUUAUCAACCACAGAACCAACUUGGCCAUGGCGUGGGACGAUAAAGAUUUCUUCAGGUACUGUCCACCCUCCAAGUGCAGCAAACAUGGCCCAGAGAUUAGGUUUCCUUUCCGGCUCGAGGCCAGCAAUAUAUCAUGUGGCAGGCUCUGCAUGGAGUUAGCAUGCUCCGGCGAAGACACCAUCCUAGUUCACCCACUUCUUGGCCCAUGCAAAGUAACCCACAUAUAUUACAGUCGUCUUGUCAUUGAACUCAUCCCGCCUCCAGCCUUGUCUCCCUGUCCACUCCAGAAACUCAUCUCCCAAACCAUUCCAAUUCAAUACGCCUAUGCAGAGCAGUCAAACCAGGUCCUUUGUGGCAUAUAUGACGAGAGGCACGUGAUGCUUGUAUGCUGCUUGCGAGAGAUAACACCAAGCAUUGGAGCUGCUGGGCCAAUCUCCUGCCUUAGCAACACAACUCACUUAUCGUAUUUAUUGCCGACUUAUCUACUUAUGACAGAUCUUCCAUUGAGCUGUGAGGUCGUCUCAGGCGACCUAGUCCGGUUACCCUAUUCGAGGCAAGACUGGUCAGCUACGCUCAAUACAAGUGUAGAAAGAAUCCUCGAAUCAGCAGAGAUGACACUGGGAUGGGAAGAUCAAUGGCAGUGCUAUGACUGUGAACACAAGGGGGGACGGUGUGCAUUCAGCUCGCAAAGGAAUAAGACAUUCUGCAUGCCACAUGGUUCACGCAUCAAAGUCAUUGCAGCAACAUCAUCAGUGGCCACAUUAAUUGUUCUUCUCUUGAUAGUGGCCACUGCAGUGUAUCUUUCACUGAAGACAAAUUAUAACAAAGAGAUACAUUUGAAGGUUGAAAUGUUUCUCAAAACAUAUGGCACCUCAAAACCCAUGAGAUACACCUUCUCUGAAGUUAAAAAGAUAACCAGACGGUUUAAGGUAAAAGUAGGACAGGGAGGAUUUGGAAGCGUAUACAAAGGUGAGUUACCAAAUGGAGUGCCUGUGGCAGUUAAGGUGCUGGAGUACUCUACAGGAGAGGGAGAAGUAUUCAUCAAUGAAGUUGCAACCAUCGGACUAAUCCACCACGCCAAUAUUGUCCGCCUCGUGGGCUUUUGCUCUGAAGGGACGAGACGGGCUCUUCUCUACGAAUUCAUGCCUAAUGAGUCACUGGAGAAAUACAUAUUCUCACGUGAUUCUCAUGUUUUCCAAGAUCUACUAGUACCUCAGAAAAUGCUAGACAUUGCAUUAGGCAUCGCCAGAGGAAUGGAGUACCUACACCAAGGAUGCAACCAGCGCAUCCUUCACUUUGACAUCAAGCCACACAACAUCUUGCUGGACUACAACUUUACUCCGAAAAUCUCAGACUUUGGCCUUGCAAAACUGUGCGCCAGGGAUCAAAGUAUAGUCACCUUAACUGCAGCAAGAGGUACUAUGGGAUACAUUGCACCAGAGCUAUAUUCUCGUAACUUUGGGGGUGUAUCCUACAAGUCAGAUGUAUAUAGCUUUGGUAUGCUAGUGUUGGAAAUGGUGAGUGGAAGGAGGAACUCAGACCAAGAUAUUGACAGCCAGAAUAAGGUUUACCUCCCGGAGUGGAUCUAUGAGAAAGUAACCGCUGGGCAGGACUUGGUAUUUUCAAGGGAACUGGCAGAGGAAGAGAAAGUAAAGAUGAGACAGCUGGCCACUGUGGCACUGUGGUGCAUCCAGUGGAACCCAAAGAAUCGGCCGUCAAUGACAAACGUGGUAAAUAUGUUAACAGGGAGGUUGCAGAAUCUACAGAUGCCACCAAAGCCUUUUGUGUCAUCUGAAACUAAUCAUGUGCAGUAAAACAUGGAGAACACACUACCAUGAUUCAGUGGAAUAACUGAGAGCUAUCCUCACGUGUGUAUUUCAGACUUUCAGUAACCAGCAUGUAAAACUUCAAAUGUUUGCAGCAUACCAGAUUCGAUACAUUUUAAAGUAAAAUUCCGCAUGAUAUGAUGGUUACCUUAUUAUGUUGUUGCAGUGAUUUAUCCUCAUUCAAGUAAUUGUGCAACGCAGUUGUCCUCCCCGAAUUCCUGGCUUCAAAAUACAGUCCGCCAACUGACAUGAGUUCUGGACUUCAUUACAUGGUGCCAACAGGGCGAUUGAUAUCAAAAUGUAUCCCCACUCAA